CAAUGGCGCUUAUAAGACCCCGACCCGAGCUUUACCGCUGGCGGCGCUUUAGUCAGUCUGCAUCGCGGCAAAAGACGAAAUUUGAUCCUGACAAUGUGGAGCACUGGAUUAAGCGGGUGGAACAAGCCUCUGAGUUUGCUGUUUCUGAGGCUUUUUCCUCAAAAAAGACAUCUUACUCUAGAGGGAUUCAUGGUCCAGUACUGGAUUUGGAAACUACGGAGCAGCUGCUAGAUCAUGAUGAGGCAUAUGCAGAAGCGCAAGAGCUGCUUAGUGAUUGGAUGGAUUCAAAACUGAAGCUGGAACUGGCAAGUGAUCAAGAAGAUGCCACUGAAAAAACUGCUGCUUGCUGUGUUCCUCCUCAAGAACACCCUAGGGGCUUUCAGAAAUAUGACAAGUUUGAUGAAUUGUAUGGUUAUUUGGAACAAGAGAUGGAAAGUACCACAGUGCAAGACUUUUUGCAGCAUCUCCUGCAAAGUGAAGUUGUGAAGAGUGGUAUAUUGGAAGAUCUUAGAACUGAAGAUCUCAAGGAGAAAAGGAAGCCCAGGGACCCACGAAUUACCAUGGAGCUAAGGCAUCAACAGGUAAAAGAAAAUCGACUGAAACGGCAGAAGGAGCUCGAGCUUCUUAAGCAAGAGAAGGCUCUGAAAAAAUCUGUCAUGUCAGAGGCCCAGAAGCAACUCCAGGAGGAGAACAAGAAGAAGGUUCUGAAAGCCAAGAGAGAAGACGAGGAAAUCCAAAGGCAGAUGGUGAAACUGCGGAAGGAGUUUGUAGAAAGAAGGCACCUCAUGGAAGAAGCCUGGAAAAUGGAAAGAAAGAGGCACAAUUUAAAAAAAACUCAGAGGUUAGUAGAAGUCGGCCUGUCUCCUGCUGUGCCAGCCCAUCUGGAUUGUGUGAAAGAAGGACAAAGGAAGGAGAAACAGACCAAACUGCAGGAGCUGCUGAGCAAGAUUGACAUUGCAAAUCGGAAGUGCCUACAGAAGUAUUUCUCUGCCUGGUACAAGCAUAUUCUGGAUCUCAGGAUUAAAAUGGGGAAAGCAAGGGCCCUUGCUGACUGGAAGUGCCAGCUGAAGACCUUACGGGCCUGGAGAGAUUAUACCUGGUCUCAAAAAUUCGAGCAGGAGACGCAAAUCAUUGAAAACCAGCUUCGGGAUCAGAACAGAAAAAAACAGUUGGCUACCAAAUUUAACCGGAAAUGCAUUUUGCGGCAUUAUUUUGCUGAAUGGCAGUGCUGGAGUCGAACAGAAAUGGAAAAGAGAGAGCUACAGUUGAAAAAGGAGGAAACGAGGAGGAAAAUGGCAAAGCUACUAGAAGAAGUGGUGCGGGGGAAAGUUGCUCCAGUUUCUUCAUGGGAUGCCAAGAGAAUCCAUGGAACAGAAGAAGCCCUGGAUCAGCCUGUGGGUCAUACAGAGGUGGCUGAAAUACUCCAUUUACAGGAUGAUCUCACCACUGUAAAUUCCUACCCUCCAGAGACCAGUCAGAACCUUGACCUUCAUUCAGCAAAGAAGCCAAAAUGGGCAUGGCAGGUCACUCAGAAGCAUGCUGCUCUGAAUGCUCAGGACCGUGCCAUGUUUGGUAACCAAACCAGAAGUUCCUCCCAACGCCUUGGCCUGCCAAGACAAAAAAUGGCCCCUGCCUUCUGGGGCCCCAUGGAGCACCGCCAUGCCUUCCAGCAGCAGGUGAUUGAAGAGCAGAGACAGCAGCUUCAAGAGCAGCAAGAACUGAUCCUUCAGCUUCAGGAAAACGAGAAGCUAAAGAAGUCCAGGGAGGAGGCUGCGCAAGCCACAGCUGCUACCAUGGCACUUAACAAUCCUGCUCCAAAAACUAGGGAAGGAAAACAGUGGAGAGAGAAUCAGUCAAAUUGCAAGACUACCGAGCCUUUAAGGUCAGAAAAUCGCCAGUCAGAUGCCCAAAGCAAGAAGAACCUGAGAGUGCUAUCUGCACCCCAUCCUUUACUCAAAGCCAUGGAAGAGAGAGCAAUUCAGAGAGCAGAACGGAGGAGGGAACUGGAGGAAACAAAGAGAAAACGAGAGGAGGAGAAGUUGGCCCAGAUGCAGGCUGAAGAAGAAGAGCGGCAGAAGCAGGAAGCAGCAGAAAAGGAGGCACAGUUAGAGAAGAGGCGAGAGGAAAGAAGGUUGCAGAAAAUGAAAGAAUUGGAAAAACAGAGAAGGUUGGAGAGAGAGCAGCAGCUCUUAUCAAAAGCAAAGGAGCAUUAUAAUAAGGUCCUGCUGAGGAAUCAGGGGCUGAAGCCUUGGAAAAGACUAGUAGAGCAAAGACAGGAAAAUAUGGUGGUGGCACAAAGGCAUCACUGCUUCAGACUGCAAAGAAAAUGUCUGCUCGCCUGGCUUCAUCAUAUGCAAGACAUCCUUGCUGGGAAAAUAGCACAGGCUGAGGACCUUUAUUCCUGCCUGUUGCUCAGAAGGUCCUUCAAGAUCUGGAUAAAGUACAAGGAUUACAUAUCUACUAUGGAAGAAAAUGCAAGCAAGCGCCAUGAAACCUCCCUUAAGAAGAAAAUCUUUUGGGCUUGGUUUGAUGUGCUCAGUGAAGAGAAGAGUGCAUUGUGGGGAAAACAGAAGACUGCAGAUCAAUAUAGUGAGAGGAGGAUCAUGUUAAAUGCGUUCAGAGCCUGGAAGAAAUUCCCAGCAUUGAUGAAAGAGGAAAUGAAGAAGGAAGAAAGACUAGAACAGCUAAGAAAGAGAGUAGCUGAAAUUCUGCCAGACUUCCGAACAUGACAGAUGGAUUCCAAGCCAGGGGGCAGGCAGGUGGGAUUGGGAGAAAAGGGAGUUUGCAUGCUCCAUUCUCGGAUUUAGAAUGAAUCGGUGGAGAAAUGCGAACAUAUGGCAGUCCUGUGUACCUGUCUGUCUCUCCACAGUGUGACAGCAUCUUUGUACCCCAUGAGAAAUGUCCUACUGAAUGUCUGCUUAAUGUAGCAAUCCAAACUAGACUACCAUCAAAGUCUCCUUUUUCUGUCUCUCUCUGUUGGUCUGCCUCCCUAGGGUGAAAACCCAUGGUGUGGAUAUACUCUUCCCCCCCCCCGCCCCCCCCCCCACCUCUGUGAAGUAGAAUGGAUAUGAAUACAACAAGCACCUAAGCAAUGCCAAUUACAUGUUUCUCCCCAACCACUGGGAAGACAAUCAGCCCUGCCCCAAUGGUGGAAUCCUCACAUGCUCUCUAGUGACAUGGGGUUGUAGCAAGGGGAAGCGGCUCCCACAUGGAUGUGUAAAUGGAUCCCAUUAUCAGGACUGACAUAACCAUCAAAAGGCUGAGGGGCUAUAUACUCUCAGCCUUGAACAAUACAGCCACCAGAACAGAUAAGGCAGCCUUCCCCCAACCAGGUAUCUGCAUAGGUGGCCAGGGGAUUCUGGGAGAUGUAGUCCAACACACCUGGAGUCCACCAGGUUGGGGAAGGCUAUUCUGGUGGCUGUAUUGCUUUGCAGCUGAAAUCUUGCUUUUUGUUUUGAACUUUUCUGUCCUCUGGAUUUGAUAUGAUAUGGCUGGUUUUGGAGAGUUUUUCCUGUUAACAUGCAGUAGCAUGUUUAGUAGCCUGUGCACCAUAGGAAGGCUAGAUAAUACAAAUGAACUAGUUAUCAACAGUUCAAAAACGUGCAUUUAAGUGUACGUACACAGUGAUGCUUCUUAAUGCUGGCCACCUGGGUGAUGAAUGGUGGCUCUGGCUUCGGUUCCCUCUUGAGGCACAAAGUUUCUCCAUCUUGAAAAUUUACACGCAUAAUGGGCAAAAGGAUAGGAGGGUUGUCCGUGGCUAUUCUGUUUAGUUCAGAACUUCUGCUGUUCAGAGUUCUAUGGCUGAUGUAAGACAAAUUGUGUAAAUAUACUGGGAUGCUUUCUAUUAAAAUGCCACUAAUUAACAAACUUGUGUGGAAAACCAACUGAAGAAUGUCUGACAAUAGUCUCAAGAGUAACCUGUUGGGUUCAAAUAUAACCA